UGCAAUAUAUAGUCGUCUCAAAGGGUUGUGGUGGUGGAAGUUGUGAGAACGCCGGACUCGUAAAAAUGCAGAUCUUCGUGAAAACCCUAACGGGGAAAACCAUCACGCUCGAGGUAGAAUCGAGCGACACCAUUGAUAAUGUGAAGGCCAAGAUUCAAGACAAGGAGGGAAUCCCGCCGGAUCAGCAGCGUUUGAUUUUUGCCGGAAAGCAGCUUGAAGAUGGACGCACCCUUGCUGAUUACAACAUCCAGAAAGAGUCGACCCUGCACUUGGUUCUGAGGCUUAGGGGUGGAAUUAUCGAGCCCUCGCUCAUGGCAUUGGCCAGGAAAUACAACCAGGACAAGAUGAUCUGCCGCAAGUGUUAUGCUCGCCUGCACCCUCGUGCUGUCAACUGCAGGAAAAAGAAGUGUGGGCACAGCAACCAGCUGAGGCCGAAGAAGAAGAUCAAGUAGACUACAUGUUGAUCCCAAAUUGCACUUAUCUGCUCAGCUUACUUCCUUUUAUUUGUUUCAAUGAAAACAAAUGGUUUUGUUUGUUAUUUUAUGCGCAGCAUAUCGAACCUUGGCUCCAUUUAUUUGUAAACCAGAUACUGAUUUCUUUUUACUAGUUAAUGUUUCAUAGACUUGAGUUUUUACAUA